AUGACUGCAAAUUUUAAUGUGUUACUUUUCAUUUUGCUAAGUUUCGCGUUAACACUGACAGCACAAGAAUUCAUUUGCCCGACAGCUCCAAUCACAAAAGAUGCCGGACUCACUGGAGUGUUACCAGCUGGAGCAACAGGUCAAGUUCAAGUUCCAGCCAACACAACAUGUACAUAUACCUUCCAAAUCCCGAAAGGAUUCGCUCUCCGAGUUGACACCACCGCAGAUUAUGAAGUUUCGAUGGAGAAUUCUAUAAAUUUUGACAAUAUUUUCAUCUCUCCUCCAGCUGUCAACGUGGUAGACUACGCGAUGAACACCGAAGUUCCAUUUGAAAUUGUGUCGAAAACUGGAGACUUGGCAUUUAUCACGAAGUAUUCCUAUAUCGACCUGUCCAACUACAAGCAAGUAAUAAUUCCCACUGGAACUCAUUUGAACACCACCUUGGAUCCUAAUAAGUAUUACACUGUGAAAGCUAGCAAUGACAAUGACCAAGUCAACUUGCAAUACGGAUCCCGGCAAAGUAGCGUCGCUGACUUGACUCUUUCUGAAAGUGCCAAGUGUUUACGAAAAGCAAAACCUUUUUAUUCAACCUCCAACACUGUAACUCUCGUCAAUUUGUACGGUAACCCAUCGAGCUCGCUGUUUUUGGGAAAUGAUGCAUCGGUCAUAAAAACGCUGAACAACUAUGGAGUUCUUGUGAUGGAUUCCGAUAAGGAGUACGAUGACUGGAUGUAUCUUUUGAAGGAUGCAACAGUUGUAACAGACUCAUGGUAUACUGUAAUUUGCAAGGAUUGCACCACGUUCUCAAUUGAUUACAUGUUAUUCGAUACGGAUAAGGACUAUUCGAAUGCAAACGGGUUUGUAGAAGUCCAAGGAAUGACUCCAUCCCAUAAGCUGCAAACUAUGCUGCAUUAUCAAUACUCCACCUCCAACAAUCAAAGCUUCCCACAAAUCAUCCCCGCACCAAUGGCCACUUUCCAUCUCUACAAUUCAUCCUUCCACUUCAAGCUUCGGCCUGGUACUCUACAAAAAGAUUUCGACACCUCGUCAGGAGCGACUCGAUACGUUUCAUCCCCUCAACUCUGGAACCCCGAUGCCAAGUCAUCUUUCGAUUACACGUUCUCCGAUUUCAACAAGAAUUUUAACUUUUCCAUUAACCUGCAGAGUCUCAAGUUAGAGAAUGAUGGUGAUUCAUUGAAUGUCGAAGUGGGAACAGCUGACGGGGACAACAGUUUGGAUAAGAAGUACACCAAAACUAGUCUGGAAAACCAACAAAUUGCUGGAAUCGGGAGUUAUCUCAAGCUAGUGUAUACCGGAACAAAAAAUUCAACUGUUUUGUUGAAUUUUGAGAUGAUAGAUAUGACAGAGACUACUGUAUCGAUGGAGACCACAACAAAGGAAUCCGUCUCUUCUCUGCCGCUUUGGGUGCUAAUUGUAAUGCCAUUGUUUGUAAUGUAA